UGGUUGAGCCAUCCAGUCGAAGAAGAACCACUUCCUUUCCUGGCUCAAGAGACCGGCACGAUUGUCGCGCAGUCUUUCCUUGCCAACACCGCAGCAAAACUGGAUUGUAUCACUACUCAAACGCGAGAGAAGUGUCACAGAAUACAUUUUAUAAGGACGUAGAUUGGGCCAUUUCUUCAGCCAUGUCUCGAUUUUUUGCCACCGGGUCUGACAGUGAGUCGGAGGACUCCUUAUCAGCAGAUGAAAUUACCCCAAAAGCACCCGGGACCACUUUCAAGCAGUCCCUGCUGCUCAGUGAUGAUGAGGAAGACACCAAGAGAAUUGUGCGCAGCGCCAAAGACAAAAGGUUCGAGGAGUUGACCAAUCUCAUCAAGACUAUCCGCAACGCCAUGAAGAUUCGGGACAUGUCCAAGUGUUUGGAGGAAUUUGAGCAGUUAGGUCGAGCGUUCCUCAAAAGCAAGAAUAUAGUGGACAAGGAAGGUGUUCCUUCAUUUUACAUCCGUCUAUUGGCUGACCUGGAAGACUACCUGAAUCAGCUUUGGGAGGACAAAGAAGGCAAGAAGAAGAUGAACAAGAACAAUGCCAAAGCACUCAGUACACUCCGACAGAAGAUCCGAAAGUACAACAGGGAUUACGAGAAAGAAAUUGCUGCUUACAAGGAGAACCCUCAGGAGUCUGCAGAUGAAGAGGAGGAGAAGGGACAGGAUGAUUCAGGUUCAUCCUCUGACAGCAAUGAUGAAGGUGAUGAGGACGGUGUGUCCGCCAAAUCCUUCUUGAAGAAAAAGCCAGAGGCCACGCCUGAGGCCAGCAAAUUCCUCAAGCCUGCCAAAGGAUCUGGGGACGAGUCCUCCUCUAGUGACGAUGAUGACGACGAUGAAGACUGGGGCUCUGACACAGUGGACACUGGGAGUGAGAGUUCUGAUGGAGGAGAGGGGGUUAAUGCAUCUCUUGCCAUGGUCUUCCUCAAGAAGGCCCAGGGGCCUGACAAGGGGGGUGAAAAGGUCGGGAAAAAGAAGAAGCUCAAGAAGAAGGAGAAGCUGGGGGAGGAGGCUGAGGAAGAGGGAGGAGAGGAGGGCGAAGGAGGCUGGGAGAAGGUGAAGGGAGGUGUCCCUCUCGUCAAGGAGAAGCCCAAGAUGUUUGCAAAGGGCACCGAGAUCAACACGGCGGUGGUGGUGAAAAAGCUCAAUGAGAUUCUGCAAGCCAGAGGCAAAAAGGCCACAGACCGGACUGGUCAGAUUGAACUGCUCAAUGCCCUGGCAAUUAUCUCUGCAGAGAAUAACCUUGGUGUAGGAGUGAUGGUCAAAAUUAAUUUUAACAUAAUUGCUUCGCUGUACGACUACAACCCCAACCUGGCAAGCUUCAUGAAGCCGGAAAUGUGGAAGAAGUGUCUGGAAUGCAUAGAGGAGCUGCUGGACAUAUUGUUUGCCAACAAGGACAACAUCUUCAUUGGGGACAACAUUGCAGAGGACAGUGAGAACCUGGCCAUCUCAGAAUCUCAGCCUUUCAGGGUUCGAGGCUGCAUCUUAACUCUAGUGGAGAGGAUGGAUAAAGAAUUUACUAAGAUCAUGCAAAACACCGACCCUCAUUCUCAAGAAUAUGUGGACAAUCUCAGAGAUGAAGGGCGCGUUUGUGGCAUCGUGGACCGCCUCCUCAACUACUUGGAGUGCCAUGGCACCCCGGAGGACAUUUGUCGCGUCUACCUGCGGCGAAUCAUGCACACGUACUACAAGUUUGACUACAAGGCUCACCGGCGCAGUCUGGGCAUUCAGGGAGAAACAAAGGACCAACAGGACCAGGAGGAGAGCGAGGGCGAGGACAGCGCCGUCCUCAUGGACCGCCUCUGCAAGUUCAUUUACGCCAAGGAUCGCACGGACCGCAUUCGCACAUGUGCCAUCCUCUGCCACAUCUACCACCACGCGCUGCAUUCGCGAUGGUACAAAGCCCGCGAUCUGAUGUUGAUGAGCCACUUGCAAGACAACAUCCAGCACGCUGACCCACCAGUGCAGAUCCUCUAUAACAGAACCAUGGUCCAAUUAGGCAUUUGUGCGUUCCGUCAAGGGAUGAUCAAAGAUGCCCACAAUGCCUUGCUGGACAUCCAGUCAUCAGGCCGUGCCAAAGAGCUCCUGGGUCAGGGUUUGCUUAUGAGGAACAUGCAGGAGAGGAACGCAGAGCAGGAGAAGAUAGAAAAGAGAAGACAAGUGCCGUUCCACAUGCAUAUCAACCUGGAGCUCUUGGAGUGUGUAUAUUUAGUGUCGGCCAUGUUACUGGAAAUCCCCUACAUGGCCGCCCAUGAGUUUGACGCCCGCCGCCGCAUGAUCAGCAAGCAGUUCCAUCAUCAGCUCCGAGUGGGAGAGAGACAGCCACUGCUUGGACCCCCAGAGAGCAUGCGGGAGCAUGUGGUGGCAGCCAGCAAGGCCAUGAAAAUGGGAGACUGGCGUACCUGCCACUCUUUCAUCAUUAAUGAGAAGAUGAACAGUAAAGUGUGGGACCUGUUUCCCGAGACACAGCGAGUGCGAGAGAUGCUCGUCAGGAAGAUCCAAGAAGAAUCGCUGAGGACGUACUUGUUCACGUACAGCAGCGUGUACGACUCCAUCAGCAUGGGGAUGCUUGCCGACAUGUUUGAGUUGGAGAUUGCUACAGUUCACAGCAUCAUCAGCAAAAUGAUUAUCAACGAGGAACUGAUGGCUUCUCUGGACCAGCCCACACAGACGGUGGUGAUGCACCGCACAGAGCCCACCUCUCUGCAGAACAUGGCCCUGCAGCUGGCUGAGAAAUUGGGCAGCCUGGUUGAGAACAACGAGCGUGUCUUUGACCUGAAGCAGGGCGUCUAUGGCGGCUACUUCAACAGAGAUCAGAAAGGCGGAUAUCAACAGAAACAAUCAUACCAGAGAGAUCAGAAGGGCGGUUACCAGUCCAAACAGGGGGGUUAUCAGCGUGGAGGCUACAGGAAUCAGAACCAAGGCAACUACUGACCUUGGCAUAUUUACAUUCCAUUUUAUCAUCGAGCGCCACCUGGCUGCACCAUCUGAUCAAACGCUGUUUGUGCUGAGUUGGAACAAUGCAGUUUAUUUGCAGUGUGAUCAGCUAUCUAAAUAAACUAUCUUGAAUAGUC